GCCAUGACGCUGAUGGAGUACCUCAUCAAGACGGGCUCGGAGCGCGUGUCGCAGCAGUGCAAGGAGAACAUGUACGCCGUGCAGACGCUGAAGGACUUCCAGUACGUGGACCGCGACGGCAAGGACCAGGGCGUGAACGUGCGCGAGAAGGCCAAGCAGCUGGUGGCCCUGCUGCGGGACGAGGACCGCCUGCGGGAGGAGCGCGCCCACGCGCUCAAGACCAAGGAGAAGCUGGCGCAGACCGCCACGGCCUCCUCUGCAGCUGUGGGCUCCGGGCCCCCGCCCGAGGCUGAGCAGGCCUGGCCGCAGAGCAGCGGGGAGGAGGAGCUACAGCUCCAGCUGGCCCUGGCCAUGAGCAAGGAGGAGGCCGACCAGCCCCCAUCCUGCGGCCCCGAGGACGACGUCCAGCUCCAGUUGGCCCUUAGUUUGAGCCGAGAGGAGCACGACAAGGAGGAGCGGAUCCGGCGCGGGGACGACCUGAGGCUGCAGAUGGCGAUUGAGGAGAGCAAGCGGGAGACGGCGGGCCAGGAGGAGUCGUCCCUCAUGGAUCUCGCUGACGUCUUCACAGCCCCAGCGCCUCCACCGGCCUCUGACCCCUGGGGGGGCCCAGCACCCAUGGCUACCGCCAUGCCCACGGCUGCCCCCGCCUCGGACCCGUGGGGGGGACCCGCUGUCCCUCCAGCUGCUGAUCCCUGGGGCGGCCCAGCCCCCACGCCGGCUGCUGGGGACCCCUGGAGGCCUGCUGCCCCCGCAGGGCCCUCUGUGGACCCUUGGGGAGGGAGCUCGGCCCCCGCAGCUGGAGAGGGGCCCACACCUGACCCGUGGGGAAGCUCUGAUGGAGGGGCCUCGCUCAGUGGACCCCCGGCCUCUGACCCCUGGGCACCGGCUCCAGCCUUCUCAGACCCCUGGGGGGGCUCCCCUGCCAAGCCGAGCACCAACGGCACUGCAGCAGCUGGGGGCUUUGACCCAGAGCUCGAUGAGUUCUCUGACUUCGACCGGCUCCGCACGGCCCUGCCAACCUCUGGGAGCAGCACAGGCGAGUUGGAGCUGCUGGCAGGAGAGGUGCCCGCCCGCAGCCCUGGGGCAUUCGACUUGACUGGGGUCGGGGGGUCUCUGGCUGAGGCUGUGGGGAGCCCCCCGCCUGCAGCCACCCCCACCCCCACGCCCCCCACACGGAAGACACCGGAGUCAUUCCUGGGGCCUAAUGCAGCCCUGGUGGACCUGGACUCGCUGGUGAGCCGGCCAGGCCCCACACCGCCAGGAGCCAAGGCCUCCAACCCCUUCCUGCCAAGCGGAGCCCCCGCUGCCGGCCCCUCCGUCACCAACCCCUUCCAGCCAGCGCCCCCUGCGACGCUCACCCUGAACCAGCUCCGCCUCAGCCCUGGGCCCCCGCUCCCUGGGGCACCACCCACCUACAUCUCUCCCCUUGGUGGGGGCCCCGGCCUACCGCCCAUGAUGCCCCCGGGCCCGCCGGCCCCCAACACUAACCCGUUCCUCCUAUAAUCCAGGGCAGGCCCCCCAUCUGCUCCCUGGGAGAUCAGUGUUGUGAGUGCAUGUGACACGGGGGACCCCCACCCCAGAGCCCUCCCCCUCCUGGGGCCCACUCACACUACACUCUCUUCCUGCAUCCCCCAGCCCAUCUCCCCCGGCGAGAAACUGGACAUGAGGGGGAGGGGCAGGGGCGCUGGCUAGAGGAGGACCCCUUUCCCGUGGCAUUAGAAGGGGGAGGGAUAGCUGGGGUCCCCCCCACUCCCCUCCCUCCCAAAUCCAGCCCCCCAAUCAGUGUUUGAGCCUCCCCGUCCCCUCUGCACCCCUCGGUGAACCCUUGGUGAUGAUUUUGGCAACUUGGGGAAUAAACGACGAUUCUCGCGGGUGUGGCUCCCGGAAUUCCCA